UACCCUUCCUCCGGCUCGGACUCGCCCUCCCUUGAUCGCCAGCACCUGAGCACCGCCGAACACCGCGCCCCCUCCCCCGCCCCCACCUCGCCUGGCUCCCAGGGGUCGCGCUGGUUCCGCCCCUGGCUCCUCCCGCCCCUCCUCCGCGGAGCUGGGGGCGGAGCGUCCCGGCCAAUGGCUGGGAGCAGGGCUGGGAGCUGCUGGGCGACCGUGGGUUCCAGAAGCGCCGCGGCCUGGUUAGGGUGCUGGCAUGGCCGCGUGCUGGUGAACGCAGAGUGCGCGAGGGGCCAGCUGCCACCAUGCCCCGGGGCGUGGGCGCUGCCCAGCUCUGCCUGCUGGCGCUCGCCCUGCCGGGAUGGACCAGAAGAGGAAGUGGGGAAGGCAGCCCCCAGCCACAGCAUGAACUAAUAAUACCUCAGUGGAAGACUGCAGAAAGCCCCUUGAGGGAAAAGCAUCCACUCAAAGCUGAGCUCAGGGUGAUGGCUGAGGGGCGAGAACUGAUCCUGGACCUGGAGAAGAAUGAGAACCUUUUUGCUCCAGCCUACACAGAAACGCAUUAUACUCCAAGUGGCAACCCUCGAACCACCACCCUGAAAUCCAAGGAUCACUGCUUUUACCACGGGACAGUGAGGAAGGCAGAACAGUCCAGUGUCACGCUCAGCACCUGCCGGGGAAUGAGAGGACUGAUUAUGGUGAGCAGUAACCUCAGCUACAUCAUCGAGCCCCUCCCUGACAGCGAGGGCCACCACCUUAUUUACAGAUCCGAACAUCUCAAGCUUCCCCUCGGGAACUGUGGGUUCGAGCACUCCAAGCCCACCGCCAGGGACUGGGUCCUUCAGUUUACAAACCAGACCAAGAAGCGACCUCGCAGGAUGAAAAGGGAAGAUUUACACUCCAUGAAGUAUGUGGAGCUUUACCUUGUGGCUGAUUAUGCAGAGUUUCAGAAGAAUCGACGAGACCAGGACGCCACCAAACACAAGCUCAUGGAGAUCGCCAAUUACGUUGAUAAGUUUUACCGAUCCUUGAAUAUCCGGAUUGCCCUCGUGGGCUUGGAAGUGUGGACUCAUGGGAAUAUGUGUGAAGUUUCGGAGAACCCGUACUCUACCCUCUGGUCAUUUCUUAGCUGGAGGCGCAAGCUGCUCGCCCGGAAGAGCCAUGACAAUGCACAGUUAAUCACGGGCAUGUCUUUCCACGGCACCACCAUCGGCCUGGCCCCCCUCAUGGCCAUGUGCUCUGUGUACCAGUCUGGAGGGGUCAACAUGGACCACUCUGAGAAUGCCAUUGGCGUGGCUGCCACCAUGGCCCACGAGAUGGGCCACAACUUCGGCAUGAGCCAUGAUUCCGCGGAUUGCUGCUCCGCCAGCGCGGCUGAUGGUGGGUGCAUCAUGGCAGCUGCCACCGGGCACCCCUUUCCCAGAGUGUUCAACAGAUGCAACAGGAAGGAGCUGGACAGGUACCUGCAGUCAGGCGGAGGGAUGUGUCUCUCCAACAUGCCGGACACCAGGACGCUGUAUGGAGGCCAGAGAUGUGGAAAUGGGUACCUGGAAGAUGGGGAAGAAUGUGACUGUGGGGAGGAGGAGGAAUGUGAUAACCCCUGCUGCAAUGCCUCUAAUUGCACCUUGAGAGAGGGGGCAGAGUGUGCCCAUGGCUCCUGCUGUCACCGGUGUAAGCUGCUGGCCCCUGGCACACUGUGCCGUGAGCAGGCGCGGCAGUGUGACCUCCCGGAGUUCUGCACGGGCAAGUCCCCCCAUUGCCCCACCAACUUCUACCAGAUGGACGGCACCCCCUGCGAGGGUGGCCAGGCCUACUGCUACAACGGCAUGUGCCUCACCUACCAGGAGCAGUGCCAGCAGCUGUGGGGUCCUGGAGCCCGGCCUGCUCCUGAUCUCUGCUUCGAGAAGGUGAAUGUGGCAGGGGACACCUUUGGAAACUGUGGGAAGGACAUGAAUGGGAAACACAAGAAGUGCAACAUGAGAGAUGCCAAGUGCGGGAAGAUCCAGUGUCAGAGUUCUGAGGCCCGGCCCCUGGAGUCCAAUGCAGUGCCCAUCGACACCACCAUCAUCAUGAACGGGAGGCAGAUCCGAUGUCGGGGCACCCACGUCUACCGAGGUCCCGAGGAGGAGGGUGACAUGCUGGACCCAGGCCUGGUGAUGACCGGGACCAAAUGUGGCCAUAACCACAUUUGCUUCGAGGGGCAGUGCAGGAACACCUCGUUCUUCGAAACAGAAGGCUGUGGGAAGAAGUGCCAUGGCCACGGGGUUUGCAACAACAAUCAGAACUGCCAUUGCUUCGGGGGCUGGGCCCCGCCCUUCUGCAACACACCGGGCCAAGGGGGCAGCAUCGACAGCGGGCCCAUGCCCCCCGAGAGUGCUGGUCCUAUAGUAGCCGGAGUGUUUUCAGCCAUCUUUGUGCUGGCGGUCCUCAUGCUGAUGUACCACUGCUGUAAACAGAACAACAAACUGGGCUACCUCAAGCCCCUAGCCCUUCCUUCCAACUUGAGGCAACAGUUCAGUUGUCCCUUCAGGGUGUCUCAGAACAGUGGAACUGGCCACGCCAACCCAACGUUCAAGUUGCAGACACCCCAGGGCAAGCGAAAGGUGACCAACACCCCUGAAACCCUACGGAAGCCCUCCCAGCCUCCUCCCAGGCCCCCUGCGGACUAUCUGCAUGGUGGGUCCCCACCUGCGCCAUUGCCAGCGCACCUCAGCAGGACUGCUAGGAACUCCCCAGGGGCUGGACCCCCAGUAGAGAGGAAAGAAUCAUCCAGGAGGCCUCCCCCAAGCCGGCCAGUGCCCCCCGCACCGAAGUGCAUCCUCUCCCAGGAUUUCUCCAGGCCUCGGCCGCCCCAGAAGGCACUCCCGGCUAACCCGGUACCAGGCCGCAAGAGUCUCCCCAGGCCAGGUGGCGUCUCCAUCCUGUGGCCCCCUGCCUCUCCAUCCUGUGGCCCCCUGCCUCUAGACCUGGCAGCGCCUGCCCCAAAGUUUCCUGAAUACAGGUCACAGAGGGCUGUGGGGAUGGCUAGCUCGAAAAUCUAGACCCGUCUAAAGGGGCUUCUCCCUUUCUGUGAGGACACAGAGGAGCCGUGGCCACGGAAUCUGGAGGAAGCAUGCCUGGCCGCCUCUGAGCUCCUCUUCCCCUGCUCCCCUCCUCCUGGAACCACUGCAUCUCUGAAAAAUCUCCUCCUUGACUCAGUGCCUCCUCAGCUUCCUCAGAGGCCCAGAGUGCCUACUGUCAACGGCAUCCAAGUGUUGUUUUGUGCAAUAUUCAGCCCCAGGUAGGGAGGGGAGAGCGGAAGAGGUUGAAUGGCUGCUCGUCCCCCAUCCGCCCUUCAGCUGGCCCCUCGCCCCAGAGGUGCCAGUCGAGCUGGUGCAGGCUGUCUGAGCUGGUGAGCCCAGCUGGGAAGAGUCUGUUUAGCCCUUGAGGCCAGGACUCAGCUUGGAGAAGCCGUCCAUCCACAUCCUAUGGAGGAGGGUACGCAUGAGAGCUUUCCUUUGUUUCCAUCUUCCUCAGAGGUCCCAGGCUGGACAGAGGCUGGGCACUUACUGUCCCUUUUAGCUUUACUGAUCGGGAGGGGUCACUCCAGCCAGGGCUUGGUUGAGGUCACAGCUCCUGGCUCCGUGGCCAUAUGUGAACACAUUAAGUUCCCUCCUCACACUGCCCCCCUCUGCCCACCAAAGCCCCCGCAUCCCCUUACUCCCAAGGGUCACUCUGACUCAGACAGGUACUAUUUGUAGGCAGUGUAGACAGCAGGGGGAGCACAGCCCGGGCCCCCUCUGAGCCGUCAAGCCAAAGGUUCCGACUCCGCUCGCGAUUGUUCUUGCUUGCUCCUUGUUUUCUCUUCUGCAUUUUCCAAGUGCCUCACGCUUUUGAUUUCUCCUUCCCCGCUGGGACCCGCCUAAUGUGUGGUGCUCUGGAGAGUGAAUCCCCGGCAGUCCCGACUUCCUGGGACUUGGUGCUGUGACCUGCAAGUCAGGGUCCUGCCUGCGGGUUGGCCACGGGAUCUCCUAUGUUGGCUCUCAAGAGUGUUGACCGGGGUAGACUCGGGCCAUGGCUGUGGAGUCGUAGCUUUACUUUCCAUGGUGUGUGGUGACCUCAGCAGAGUGUGGGUCUUCCUUUUACUCCCUGACCUGAAUCUGAGUGAGGUCCUCAGGGAUAGUGGUGGGUGCAGGGAGGAGAGCGGACAUCCUGGGAGCCCCAGCCUGUCCCCAGACCUGGUCACUGGCUUGAGGCAGGACCGUUGUCUUCUGAGCAGAGAGCAGACCUGUCUCUAGAGAUCCCUAGAGAAGCAGCAGCCAGCAGCCUUGACGGAACAGAGUCUGUGCCGGGACCAGCCAGACAUUUUCUCAUCCUCUUCCUUGUGUUCUUUCCUCUGGUCCUGUCCUCCCCACAGCAGGGAAUGGGGGCUGUGCGGUGCUCUGCUAGCUGGGAGGAUUUUCAGAGAGCCACCGGAGAUGUUCUCUGGGACGGUCUCCCACCCGAGAAAGGUGCUGGGCAGCGUGGGGCCUCCCCACCUCCUGCAGUGAGCAGACGUUUGCUCUUGAAAACCUCAGUGCAAGGAAGAGGCUUGAGUUUUCACUCCCAACUACCCCGGGGCCCCCUUAUCGUUCUCUGUAUACAGUAGGUGCUCACUAGAUAUUCUUGGGUUUGUAGACAAGUGGGAGAUUCAGGCUGUGCACCUGCGGGGGACACUUGGGAUAGAUUUAGAAAGAGCUCAGGAAAAUGAAGUUCUCUUCCCUCAGGUAGUCAGGUAGUUGUGAUAUUGGUGACGUUCACACCCCUGUCUUGCUGACAAGGGCCCUGGUUGCUCCCCAGAGCCGAUGUCCACCAUCCUUGCUGCCUGAUGAGGUCAGGGGACGGCCUUCCAUUUAAGCGUGCUACUCGAGGUGCCCCAGGCCUCAAGGCUGGGCCCCAGAAAACUAACGGUGAAAACACCUCCCCACCGAAAUCACCCUUAAACUCAACCCCCUGCCUCACUGACAUUCCUGUGGCAUGUCCAGCUUUUCUCCCCAACGUCAGGAGGUUGAAGGCUCUGAAGUGAAAACGCCCCAGCCACUGUGGCUGCAUGAGCCUUUUGAACCUGAAAUCCACCCUCCCUGGAACCAUACCGGAAAGAGACCUGGGUUGUUGCUUUCUUGUUUGUUUCCGUUUUUGUUUUCCAUUAUUUUAAUACCACCUCCAUCCCAUAAACAUUGUACUGUGAACUGGAAAGUGGUUGAAUUUUCUAGAUUUGAUAAGACUUUCAGCAGCCGGUUCUAUUUACUGUCUGACUCCUGGCUGUGUUCUGGCGAGCCGGGGAGGCUGCCCAGGAGCGAGCCUGGCUGUCGUAGCCCGGUUUUCCCCUCCUGUGUCCACGUGCUGCUUUGAGGUGACGAAAACCAAUAUGGACUUAGGGAAAGAGGCACUUUAUUCGCAAGGAUUACUGCAAGACUGGGGAAGGGAGUGUUGCGUUAGGGGCAGGGGGCAGUUGCGUUAGGAGAAUGCUCAGGUGAGCCUAGCGGCUACAAGAUCUGUGAGCAUCCCACAGCUCAGGAGGAAGGGGCCUUUUAUAGGAAGGAGUGAGCAUGGCUGGAAAGAAGCACAUUCAGGGACCAUCUUUGUGGUCAGCCUUUGGGGGAGGGGCUGUAUGCUGGCUCUGGCCAAGGGUGAGUCCAUGCUCAGGGUCUGGUGGGGAGGAGAGGAGCCUGAAACUGAGGCUUGGUGGAGUGACUUAACCAGCCUUCUGUUCAGAUGGAGACUAUGUAAAUCUUUUCAGAAGCUAACUUAGCCUCCUGCCAGUUUUUCAACCCUAGGUGUGUUUUCCUUAAGAGCCUAGGAGGCAUCUCUGAAAUGUAAACCUCAAGGGACCUCAAGGGGGAUUGCACCCUCUCUCCCUGUCUCAGUGGGAGUUUUAGCCCAGGCACCGGGCUCCAGUGGUAACUGCCUGCUUGCCGUGGGUUCUUUUUAGCCUUAUUGACUUCUCCCUAUAAAAGAAAAGCUCCUUUCUGCCCCAGCUCUAGGAUCUUAGUGUCUCACUGUAGACCUUACAGUACUGUCGUAGCCCCAUCCCCCUGUGGCCAUGGCCCCUCGCCAUCUCUUGCAAUAAUCCUUUUGAACAAAGCCUCCCCUUACCUAUGUCAGAAUUUGUUCUUAUUUGGCCAAGGGUAUGGAAGACUUGCGUGUUUUAAAUUGGGGACCAGUUCUAAAGUCAGUGAUUGUGUUAAAUGUGUAUGUAACAGCUCUGCUGGACACCCAAGAAAGUCAAGAGUAUGCCAACUGGAAAGGUGCUCCACCCAUCCUUAGGGAACCGUGCAAAGGAGAGGUUCUGCAGAAUCCAAGCCAAGUGCCCCCAAAGUCACCCUUCCAUGCAUCCUCUCUCACCACCCACUGUGUGUAUGUACGUAUGUGUCUGGGAUCCAGGGCAAUGUGAAUUUUCUUUUUAUUUGGGAGAUUGUUCACAGAAAACAGAUCCUCUUUUCUCUCGUCCACCUAUUAAUUGUUUACAAUAUUUGUAUAUCUAUGCAAAAUACUUGAAUGGGCUGUGGUGCCUUUUUUCCUUGUUUGUAUUUAAUUAAAUUGUCAUUUGAAAUGUU